AUGGCACCGACCGAGGCAGCGGCCGUGCUGGGCGACGGCCAGGACGGUGAGCGCUUGGCGCCGAUGGCCGCCAAGGCCGUGGAUCGUUUGCGCCUCUUGGCCCAGCUCCGGACAGCUCCAGCGACUGGGCGCACCACGCGCGCCGAGACCGCGGUGGAGACCGUGGAGACCGGCAGAACGAGGCAGCAAGAAGUCUUGAUGGCCAGCAUCACGGAGGUCUUGGGUGCUUCGGUGCCCUUGGGCGAGUCCUUCUGCGCCGCCGGCGGCGACUCCGUGUCGGCGCUGCGCUGUGCGGCCGCCGCGCGGCAACGGGGGUUGGAGAUCUCUGCCCUGGACUUGUUGGCUGCGAAGACCUUGGCUGAGGCUGCAGAUGCUGAGGCCUUGCAAGCGCCUCUGAAAAGACAGCGACGUGGCGGCUCUGACACGUUGGCCAACGAGAAUCUGUCUAGUCUUCCUUGGGGCUUGAGUCCCGAGGAGCUGGAAGAGGAGAUCUCCAUCCAACUGGGACUGCCGCAGCGGGUCUCCAACUGGGCGCGCGUUUCCAAGCGGUGGAGCGAGAGCUCGCUUCCGGAUGGAGUGAACUUCCCCGACGUGGUGCCCGACUCCCUGCCGUGGCCCAAGGAUGCCGACGCCUGGAGUCUGAAGGAUCUCGAGAUCUUCAUCGGUAGUGGUGGAUUUCUAAAGCCCAAGAAGAAGGCAGCUGCCCCUUCAGCACCUCCAGCACCGCCACGCACAACUGGCGCUUCCAGCCCUGAACAAGCGGUGAGUGGCUAUGCCGAGGCGAACGGCACCGCACUCCCUGCUGCCGAUGCGGCACCGGCCGUGCCGGCGCCUUUCGGCUUUGAAACGCCCGGCUUCAACCAGGAGAAGCAUCGCUUCAUCAUGCCGGUUCGAGUUCAUUGCGAGGACACAGCUCCCAAUGGGCAUGUGCGCGUGGAGUCUUUGGUGGCCUAUGCCGAGCGAAUCCGAAGUUUGGCGUUGAAGCAGAUUAUGGGUAUUUCCCUGGCAGAUCUCAAGGAGAAGAAAUUGGCGAUUCUCGCGACGGAGUUUGUGGUGGAAGUGGUUGGCGCAGGCAUCCGGGUGCUGGACACUUUGCGCGUCGAGACCGUGCCUGAGUUUCCAGCCGCACCACUUUUCCCAUGGGACACUGAGAUGUUCAAAGAAGAUGGAACUCUUUACAUGCGAGGCCUUUUUGGGCUCAACCUUUGUCAAAUCUCUAGCACUGGAGCCUAUAGUGGGGUGGAUGAAUCCAACUACCGAAGCUUUACAAAGGAGUUGAGCCGCUUUGCCGACCCGGGCAAGAAGAGGUUCUCCUCUACAUCUCUGAGAUUCUUCAUGGCCUAUGAGAAGGCUGGAUCGCCGUUUGUGCCUGAGAAAUAUGUGCAGGCCCGGUACUGCGUCCGCUCCUCCGACUGCGACAUGUACCACGUGCUUUUUCAGGCCAGGGUGCCCUCCAUGAUGGAGUCCUGCCAUUCUGGAGAGGCCUCGUCCUUUUAUGUCAACAUUCGGAUGUCAGUGCGGCCUGGUGAUGACUUGCUCGUGCAUGUGCUGUCAAAUGAGGAAGCCGCGCUGUUUAUUUGCUUGAGAGGCAAAGAACCCGUCCUCACGGCGGUGGGCAGAUACAAAGUGGGCGCCAUGUCUCAAGAAGAGAUCAAGUGUGCAUCCAUCAGGUUGCCGCUGCUCCUGAAGUAUUGUACGACCGGAGAAAAGCCUUCAUGUGGAGAGCUCAAGCAGCACAAGUGCCCUCGAAUCGUCAGACUCUCAAGGGUCUCACUCUGGAAGCACGAGGCUGUCUCCAGGCAGCUUGCAGAGCUGCGCGUUGCUAGGGCCAGCGGUGACGCUCAAAGGAGCGGACAAUGGGGCACCCGCGGAUUGCAACAUGCCUGGCUGAUGGUCCAGCAGCGCUGCAUUGCCCUACGCUCUCGUUUCUUGCAGGUUCGCGGCCACCACAUCCAAGUGGGCCUGCGGAACACCUGGUCCCAAGAACGUCUCCGUGUAACAAGACCGGGAAGCGGAAGUCUAAAGCAACAGAUUCGAUCCUUCAUGAAGGACGAUUUGCAAGUGCCUUACCACACCACAGGACCCCUUGCCCGCUUGGCGCUUGGCAAGGCACAGGUAGACAACUGCAACAUUUCUGUCAUGCUGCUUUCCGUGCACAACGCGAUUUGUGAUGGCUGGUCGGCAAACCUGUUGCUGCAGGAUUUGAUGUCACUUUCAGUUGGCCUCGCUGCCCCACAUCGACCUGCACAGAUACCUGUGAAAGAGGGGGAUGGCGCUGCCUGGUGGCGUGAAACACUGCAUGGCUUCAGGUGUCCUGUGAUGGAUGGUGCUUUGCAGAAGCGCGGCCAUCACUCCUCCGAACGGCGAAGGCUGCAGAAUUCCUGGGAGAUCAUCCAGAAGCGCGCCGCAGCGUGGCAGGUGACCCCAGCCGCCCUGGUACUUGCCAGCUGGUCCUUGGUCUGGUCGCGGGCGACGGGGCACCGGGACCUUCUCUUCGGCGCCGUCUUCUCGGGCCGCGAGGCGGUGCCAAGUGAUCUUCUGGGGUCGCGCUGGCAAGCGUUGGAUCGUGAUCUCGUGAUGUGGUGA